AUGUCGAACAUUAUUCACAAAGUCAAGGAUGCUGUGACCGGUCAUCAUCACGAUGAGUCCAAGACAACCAGCAGCAAGGUUGAUGAUGCCCGCGAUACUUACGGAUCCUCGCACAACACCACGGACAACGCUCCUAGCAAACACACUUCUACCAACACAGGCUCCAACGCUUAUGGUGCUGGCUCUGGAGCCGGUUAUAAUACCUCUUCCACUACCGGUGCUGGAGGCUACGGCAGUGGCACUGGCACUGGCACAGGUGGCCUAAACUCUGGCUCCGGCUACGAGACAGGUACCUCGACUGGAGCUGGAGGCUACGGCACUGGGACUGUCCAUGACUCCCGCAAGGGUCCAAUUGAUGUCGGCUCAGGAACAGCUGGGAACUACGGAUCCAACACCGCUGGCGGAUAUGGCUCAUCCAACACUGGCUCCAGCACCACCAAUGCUGGCCCCCAUGACUCUAAGCUAGCCAACAAGCUUGAUCCCCGCGUCGACAGUGAUCUCGACAACCGAGGAAAGCACUCUGGAACUACUGGCUCCAGCAACACCUACGGCAGCAAUACCGGCCGCUCUACCGGAGAGACUGGUUAUGGCUCCAAUGACACAUACGGCAGCACAACUGGCCACUCUUCUGGACAGACCGGCUACGGUUCCAGCAACCCCGUAUCUGGAAGCACCGGUCACUCCACCGGACAGUCUGGCUAUGGCUCGAGCAAGCCCCUCUCCGGUAGUGACACUUAUGGUAGCUCCACCGGGCAGACCGGUUAUGGCUCGAGCAAGCCCCUCUCCGGUAGUGACACUUAUGGUAGCUCCACCGGGCAGACCGGUUAUGGCUCCAGCAACCCCCUGACUGGUGGCACCUCCGGUCACUCUGCUGGACAAACCGGCUAUGGCUCGAGUGACACAUACGGCAGCACCACUGGACAAACUGGUUAUAGCUCCAGCAACCCGCUGACUGGCGGUACUUCGGGUCACUCUUCUGGGCAGACUGGCUACGGCUCCAGCAAGCCUCUGUCCGGUAGCGACAACUAUGGUAGCUCUACCGGCCACUCCACUGGACAGUCAGGCUAUGGUUCUGGCAACCCUGUGUCUGCAGGCGACAACUACGGCAGCAACACUGGCCGCUCCACUGGACAGUCGGGUUAUAGCGCCAACGACUCCUACGGAGCCAGUGGUGGCAGCAGCUACAACGACCAAACCUCAAAGGCUGGAAAGACUUCUGGUCCCCACAGCUCUGACCUAUUGAACAAGCUUGACCCCAGAGUUGAUGAGAAGCAGUCGUUCGGCAGCCAGCGCAACUACUAG